AUGGCGCUGCUGUACCGCGCGACGCGGCUCAAAGACCGCGCCGACACUCAUGUCUUCACCUUCGUGGUUACGAGAUCCGCCACGCGCGAGCCCGACCGCGAUGUUACCUCGAAGGACUUCUGCUGCUCGCACCAACGAUGGGCCGUCGCAUUCAGUCGUUCCGAUGCCUCACUAGGUGUGUACCUGGUGUGGCGUGGCGCUUGCGAGGGGAUGCGUGUUUACGUGGACUUCACCUUCACGCUGCUUAGCCGUGAUCAUUUUACCGCCAAUGAGGGUUUCUCGGGCAAACAAGUCCGGUUCAGUGCUGGUUGCGCAGCGCAGGGUCGUGGUCGUUACAUCACACUCGCUGAGCUCAAUGCUAAGUUUGCGGACGCUCGGGGGGAAUUCCAGCUCGAACUCACAAUGUCAAGAGUCCGCACAUUGUUCUCCUGCGAGUUAAGAGCUCCUCGCCUCGACACACCACCAAUAGCUUUCGCCGGCUUCGAUUGGUCAGUAUCAGCGAGUGGUGGUAACAAGGAGCCCUUGACACUGCGGUUGGUGCGUUUAUCUGGAGAAGGUCAACGCUGUCGUGUUCGUUAUGCGCUCGCUUUAGGGGAAGGCGAACGACGAUUGCAUUCGGGAGCACUUGAAUGUGUCUGCGAUCCCGAUGGACGGACCCCUCCUUGGAACCCUCGCCCUCCUUCACGCAUUCUUAAUAAAGGUGUCCGAUUGACUGUAGAGCUAGUGUGGGCACGCGCUUUGGCCGAGCUGGCGGUGCCGGCUGCUGGUAGAGCAGCAACUUGCUACGAUCGGGACAAACAAGCAUGGGCGAUUCGGUGCGACACUCACUCGGAAACUGUGCGCUUACAUAUGCUCUAUCGCGACGUGAAUAAUGUACCUCGUAAUCAUCUGCGAUACGUCAGCUGGUCAGCCUGGCUGGUUCGAGCGUCACCAGCCCCUGGCGAACCUGAUGCUGAUGAAUUGCCAGGCGCACCGUUUGAGCAUUACUAUGCGCAAGACAGUGCCGAUGAGGGUAUUAUGAUGGAGACAGCCCUGAGGGUAGAAGAUAUUUCUCGUUCCGGCUGCGCAUUUCUACACGCAGGCGGCGAGCUUCGCGUGCGACUUGAAUGGGGCGACACGUACUUACUCUUCCAGGCUACGUAUCAUGUUUACGACGAUCUUUGUCGCUUACAUGCUCAUCAAAUGAGACGAGAGAUAGCUGCGUUGCAGGCAGAAAACUAUUCACUCGAGCGGCAACUGUUCAGCUAUCAGAAGAGCCUUGCAUACGCGCAAGCGCAGGCUGGUGAACCAACAACGGCGGAAGCUGGAGGCCGGCGCUCACCCGCUGAGCGUUCCCUGUCAACGGACACGGAGUAUGCGUGA